AUGCUACAGUCGGCAGUGACAAGCUUCCUUUCAAUCGACGACUCACUAGCGCUCGUAGCACCGCCAAACAAGGGUUCCCCAACAGCUCGGAUGUACCCGAACUUGCUGUACGCACGUCUACCGAAGACCCACAAAGGUUUUGUGGUUUUAUUUGAUGGUACUGCAAAAACGGAGAACUCUCGAACAUGGUGCAAACGACGUGAUUGGAGAUUCGAGGUUCGCAAUACACUAGGGGCGUUGGCGUGCCGGAAAGAGUCUCUUAUGAAUCAAUUGAGUCGCCACAAGGAAGUCACGGCGCGCCUUAAAUCGAUGAAGUAUUUCCACAUGACUCGUGAAUACAACGCUGCAGCCGAUUCACUGACAACUGAGACUGCGGCGUUUAAGACGUCGAAAGUGGUGCUGAGCGAGAGUCAGAAAGCUGAAUUACGAGAGUUCAAUCGGAUUCCAGAGGUGAUCUAUCACAAAUCGAGGGAAGCUGAGGUGAAAAUUCUUGUUUCAACAGCCUCUAUCCAAUUUACUGAAACUGUUCACCGACCAACUCGGAGGAUGAUUGCAAAUUUCGUGCGAGAUGAACCCCACAUGGAACCUCACAUGGUCAUGGCGACGCCUCGAUCACAGACUGGAGCUCGAAAGAAGAGAGUUCGGUUCGCAAACGAAGUGCCAAGUCAAGACGCUGGCUCACAAGAGAACAUGAGUCACAAGACAGACAGACCUACCGACGACUCGCAAGACGAGCAGCAGACUGGGGCAGCACAAGCUCCGCCAAGUGAGCCAAACUCUUAA